AGGCACAGCACGCAAAACAAGUCCUCACACCGGGAGCGAGCCGCUACACUGACACUUGUCACAGUUUCCCCCGCGCCUCUUGAACUACUUUUAUUUCAACACUUCAAGAGAGAAAAAAAGCAGCGGAGAGCCAGUUUGUUUUCUGUUUUGGAGCGUGUGGAGCAGCGUGCAGCGAUGGAGCUGUCAUCCAUAGGAGACCAAGUGUUUGCAGUGGAGUCAAUAACAAAGAAGAGAGUGAGAAAGGGUAAUGUGGAGUACCUACUGAAAUGGCAGGGAUGGCCCCCAAAGUACAGCACUUGGGAACCAGAGGACAAUAUUUUGGACCCUCGCCUGGUUCUGGCCUACGAAGAAAAUCAGGAGAAGGUCAGAGCUCUGGCCUAUCGCAGGAAAGGACUCAGACCCAGGAGGCUCGUGCUGCGGAACAUCUUUGCCAUGGACCUCCGCAGUGCUCACAAGGUCCAGGACAAGCCUCCACCCCGACUGCGCCUCUCCCUCACCCGCUCCAUGAGCACAGAUGUGGACCAGGGCGAGCGGGGUAGCAUGUAUUGUCGUCAAGUAAGGAGGAGGAGCAAGUAUAGGGCGUUGAAACGGGGCCCAGAUGGACCCUCAAACAAACCCAUCCAUCCACCCAGGAAGAAAGAGGAGUCCAUGGAGGAGGACUGGGGAGUCACCAGUGAAGAAGAGAAGCAAGAGUCUGAAAGCACCAUUGAGGAGAGGCGUGAAGACAGUCUAUACGGUCAGUCCGAGUGCAGCUCCCCGCCCCUGCUGGAGCGACAGGACUUGGAAAUGGAGGUGGAGGAGAAGGUGGAGGCCGCCCUAACAGCAGUAGGCACAGAGAUGUGGACUGACAGAGCAGGCGGAGGGACGUCUGAAAUAAGACUCAAUGAAACAUUUGCGUGCGACCCAUCAAAAGACAGUGCCUCCGUGCCAGAGGCCGGACCAGAGGAUGCCGUUACCGUGGGCAACAUGUUAGAAUGGGACAGAGGUGAGGAGGGCAUGGUCUCAGGGUCGGAGUGUCUGAGUCACAGAUCAGAGGGCGACGUUUGUCAGAGAAACAACACGACCACGGUGAUAGUAAGCGUUCAGGAGAGCAGCGAGGCAGCAGGUGAUGCCACCGCUGUCUGUUCGGCUUCAGAAUCAUGGAGCGAGGAAGUGAGAGGCGACAAUCAGAGCAUUACUAUGACAACACCAGGUAGUCAGACUGAUCCAGCUGAAGCAGAGCAUCCUGGGAAGGUGAUUGUAACAAAAGUGACUAUCAACUCCUUGACAGUGACGAUUAAAGAAGCCAUGGUGGCCGAAGGCUUCUUUAGGGGCUUCUGAAUGAAGAGACAGAUCAAAAUAACCAUAAUUAGACUUGCCACUCAUUUUCUACAUGUAAAUAGUCAUAUAUGUAAGAUAAUUCUUCAUGUUUACAAAGCUACACUCAUUUCCUGCUGAGUUCAAUGAAGAAAUUAUUGCCUUUGAAGAAAAAAUGAGUGGUAAUUUUAUCAUUGUGGCUCAUUUAUUAGGAGUGAUAGGAAGCCAGAGCCCCCCCCCCCCCA